CCUAGCAUGGCAAGUUUUGGGUCUCUCUCCCGCAUAGCUGUGGUGUUAGCUAUGGCUCUGUUGAUGGUUGCAUCAAGCUACGGUCAAAUCAGCACGCCGUGUAACGCAUCAAUGGCAGGGAGUUUCUUCACACCUUGUAUGAAUUUUCUGACAAAUAGCAGCGGCAAUGGAACCUCGCCGACGACGGAGUGCUGCAGUGCCCUCAAGUCCCUCACAAGUGGAGGCAUGGAGUGUUUGUGUCUCAUUGUCACCGGCAGCGUUCCCUUCAGAAUACCCCUCAAUCGAACCAUAGCCAUUUCUCUCCCUCGUGCCUGCAACAUGCCCGGGGUCCCACUCCAAUGCAAAGCCUCGGGUUCACCACUUCCUGCUCCUGGACCAGUGUCUCUCGGACCUUCACCUUCGCCUGCAUCAGCUUCCUCUGGAUUUUCUCCAACCCCUAGUCCUCAAGGUUCCACUGUUCUCCCCUCACCAACUUCACCGUCUCUGGCACCACAAUCUGACACACCUUCUUCUCUUUUGACUCCACCAUCUCCGUCGGCGGAUUCUGGUAACCCAUCUGUUUCAACGGGAAGUGGCCGCACUAAUGUCACUCCAUCAUCUGCCAUGACAUCUUACAAUGCCCCACCUUAUCUUCUCUUCAUUGCACUCGGAUUUGCUGUUCUCAAAUAUUACUAGGUUGUAUGUUUGGAGCAUCUUGAAAACACCAAACAUAUAUAUUUAUAUAUAUUCUUUCCGGUGUGUCUUUUUGUUAGAUUUAAGAUGGUUCCGACCCCGCAUUUGGGGAAUAUUUAUUCAUCAUAAAGUUUUUGCUUGGUAAUGCUUUUUUUUUUGUUGAUGAACUUUUGUGUUGUAAUGUAUAUAUUAAAAGUUUGGAAACUGAAGUUCUUUGUUAUUUCUUCAGCCUCCAAGUUUGUUCACUUAUUAUCU